CACAAAAAGAGCAAUAAUGGUUUUUGAAUAAUUCAAUCAUAGUUGAUAACGUUUAAAUCAUUUACUUUACUACUUCACGUUUACUCAUUUCGGGGUAUUUGAUGACUGUCUAUUAUCGAGUGCCAGAAUUUUGCACUAAGUAAAUUGAAUUUUUCAUCCAUAACCGUUUAAGAAAAUGACGUCAUUUGAAUGCAAAGGUGUGCUGGUAGACUUUCCCUAUGAACCGUACGACGUUCAAAAACAAUACAUCGAAAAGGUUUUGGAUUGUUUGCAAAACGGACAUAAUGGUGUUCUGGAGUCACCCACUGGGACUGGGAAAACGCUGUCAUUAUUGUGUUCAUCAUUGGCCUGGCUGUUAGCUAAAAAAGCGGCGAUUCAAGCCAAUAGAAUGUGUCCUACAGAGAGUAAUAUAUCUAUGUCGGUGAAUACAGCUGCCGGUGUUGACAAGAAUCCAAGUAGUGCUUGGAGUGGAGUGAUUCGACCACCUCGUAUUAUUUAUGGCUCACGGACUCAUACUCAGUUAAAUCAAGUGAUGAAAGAACUGCGUCGGACUAGUUAUAAACACAUGAAAGUUGGUAUAAUUGGUUCAAGAGACCAGUUAUGUAUUCAUCCAGAAGUUAUGAAAGAAGCAACUUCUUCUGUUAAAAUUGCAUUAUGCCGUGCUAAAGUUAGCACUCGCACAUGCCAAUUUUAUAAUAAUGUUGAGCUUAAAUCUCAAGAAGCAUUUGUAGAAAAUGGAAUUGCUGAUAUAGAAGAUUUGGUAAAUAAAGGGAAAAAAUUUAACUGUUGUCCAUAUUAUGGGUCUAGAGAAUUACAAAAAGAUGUUGAUAUACUAUUCACUCCAUAUAAUUACAUUAUUGAUCCAAGAACAAGAAAAGCUCAAGACAUUCAAUUUAGUGAUGAUGUUAUCAUUCUUGACGAGGGACAUAAUGUUGAAAAGAUGUGUGAAGAAUCUUGUUCCGUAGAUAUAAGCAGCACUGAUGUUGCUCUUUGCAUUGACGCUGUGACUGAUAUUAUGAAACAAUUGUAUGAUGAAAAAAAUACAGAAUUUUCUGCCGAAUCAACACAGUUAAAACCCAGAGAAUUUUCUGAUGAUGAUAUAUGUGUGUUAAAAGCAUUAUUUUUAGAAAUAGAAAAAGUUAUUGAUGGUAUUGAGCUUACAAAUAGUACAAAUGAUAAGAAGAUGGAAGGAUCUUAUGUAUUUAAAUUGCUUCAAGGCGCAGAUAUAACACCUUCAAACAUGUCUAAAUUUAUUAGCUUUUUAAGUUCUGUUACAUUAUAUAUGUCAUCAUCUAAUAGCAAUGCUCCUCAUCAAGCUAAAGAAGCAUGCUUGUAUAAAUUUCAGCAAUUUUUAGAAUGUGUUUUGCAAAGUUUAGGAACUAACGGAGACCCUAAAAAUACAGACAAGUAUUUUAGAACAUACAUACAGUUAGAGCAGAAUAAAUAUAAGCCAAAGAAUGAUACAGUUAAAUUAAAAGAACUCAAAAAAGGCAAAACUUUGAAUUUUUGGUGCUUUAGUCCUGGAUUUGGGAUGAGGGACUUAUUGGAUCGUAAUGUUCAUUGUAUAAUACUUACAAGUGGUACAUUGUCUCCUUUAGCUGCAACCAUUUCUGAAAUUGGAAUUCCAGUAAAAGUACAAUUACAAAAUGCUCAUGUCAUUAAAAAUAGUCAAGUAUGUGUAUCAGUCAUAAAAUCUGGGCCAAGCAAUAAACCACUUAUAUGCAACUACAGUAGCCGGAAUAAUACUGAUUUUCUUAUAAGUUUGGGUCAAACUCUAGUCAAUUUUUCACGCAUUAUACCUGGAGGUACUUUGGUUUUUUUUCCUUCAUAUCCAUUUUUAGAUCAGUGUGUUAAUCAUUGGCAGAGUUGUAAUAUAUGGGCAUCAAUCACUAAGAAUAAAUCUUUAUUUGUUGAACCGAAAAAUAAGGAUGUGUUAAAUAUUGUAAUAGAAGAUUAUUAUAAAGCUAUUCAAGAAAACAAGGGUGCUAUGUUAUUAGCAGUUUAUAGAGGAAAAGUGUCCGAAGGUCUUGAUUUUUCUGAUUGGAAAGCUAGAGCUGUAAUUAUAUUAGGACUACCAUAUCCUCCUUACCAAGAUCCACGGGUAGUAAUGAAGAGAGAAUAUUUGGAUGAAAUGAGGAAAGAAAAUUUACAGUGUUUAUCUGGUCAAGAAUGGUACAAAUUAGAAGCUAUAAAGGCUGUAAAUCAAGCAAUGGGACGUGUAAUUAGACAUAUUGGUGAUUGGGGUUCUAUUAUAUUUUGUGAUGAACGUUAUGCUAGUUUUAAUGUUAAAUCGCAGCUCUCUGCUUGGUUACAACCUCAUAUAAAAAUUUAUGAUCAGUUUUCAAUAGCUUAUAGAGAAAACAUGAAAUUUUUUAAAAACACUGGUGCAACAAUGCCUUCUGCAGUUUUAUUUUCAAAUGCUACAUUUGAUGAGCCUGCUCAAGCUACUGUAUUGAGAUCAAUAGAAUCAGUAAAACGAAAAGCAUUGGAAGAUGACACUAUAAAACUUUAUGAAAGUUAUUGUGAUAAAAAUGAAAAAAAAAAUACAUCGAUCAGUUCUAGUAGUUCUAGUAGCAUUUUAGAGUUUGUUGAUAUCUUUGAAGAGCAAUCAAUAAUUAACACCAUUUCAGAAAGUCAGCCUUUAAAAGUUGAUGUAACAUCUGAUUUAAAACCUUUAGUUAAAAAGCGUAAAUUAAAAAUAAUUCCCAAUAAAAUUGAGUAUCCUAAACCAGUAAUUGAUUCAAAAAAUAAAACCAUUAAUUUUAUGACAAAAGUUCGAAUUGUACUAAAAGAAAAUAGUAUGUACAGUAAUUUUGUUAGUAUUGUUAAAAAAUACAUGACAGAAAAAAAUUGUGAUGAAUUAAUUGAAAGUCUAGAUAAGUUAUUUCCUAAAAAAACCCAAGAGAUUAUAAGUGUUUUGAUAGAUCUAAACAAUUUUUUUAAUAAAGAGCCAAAUAGUAUAUUAUCAGUUUAUUGUUCUGGAUUGAAAGUAGACCAUGAUGUGUAAUUAAUUAAACUACAUAAUUUUAUUAUUUAUACUUGUGCUUAAUGAGUUCUGUAAAAAAUGUA